CUUACUUGAAUAUAUAUUAAGAAACUACAGCCAUCACAUGUAUAAAUGUGACGUUCCUUUGUGCGUGUGAAAGAUAGCGGACGUUCACAAGUUGCCGCGUUAAUACUCACAAACUAGAGUUUUAGAUCGAGAUUCCGAUAAGUAUCAGCUUAAACAAAGUUUGUUUUUGUCAAAAUGGCACACGAUACACAACAUCCGUCAAGCGAAAAUUUCGGUUUUAACAAAGUAUGUUCCCUAAUGUGCGAGGAUACUAUUCCAUUUCACAUGUAUAGAUCUGUGAGCAGCGGCAUCACUGUUUGUAUUGUAGAAUUAGACGAUCCAAUUAUCACCGGUUAUUUUAAUAUUGUGACUGAAACAUUAGAUGACGACGGUGUUCCUUUUGCGCUGCAACAUCUCAUUUUAUCGGGCAGCAAAGAACAUCCAACCAAGACUAAUUUAAAUCUCUGGGCUACUAGACGCUUAGCAGACAACAUCGUUGGUUAUUGUUUAAAAGAUCGUACUUAUUUUACUAUGAGCGCAGAUGGUAGCGAAGCAUUUCUUUCUCUAAUGCCAAAAUAUCUUGAUUACAUAUUUUAUCCUAGUUUAGAGGAUUCAAUAUAUCGUAGAAAGAUACAUCAUUUUGACAACGAUAAACAUACCGGUGUAUUGUAUUGUAAACAACAGAAGAAAGAACAAACAUCAAGCGAGAUCAUGACUAGGACAAUGUUUAGAGCACUUUAUCCUGAAAGUUGUGGAUACAAAUACGUAAUAGGAGGUACAACUAAAAAUUUGCGUGAAAGUACUACUCUUGAAAAAGUCAAACAAUUUCAUGAAAAAUUCUACAGACCAGAAAAUUUUACUGUAUUGAUAAUGGGUAAGAUAGAACACUGCAAAAUUUUUCAGGCUUUACUGCCGUUAGAAAAGAAACUAAGUUUAAAAAAAAAAAAUGAUAUAUUUAAGAGACCUUGGCAAACUUCGAUUAACCAGCUCACAGAGAACGUAAUUGUGGACGUCGAAUUACCAUGUAGUGAAAAAACCAAUGCCGAGGUGUAUGUUGCUUGGCGAGGACCGUCAGUGGUUACCCAAAUGUACGAAUAUCACGGUUGUAAAUUACUCGUAAAAUACAUCGUGCUUUUAUUCAAUGCAAAACAAUUAUGGAUGGAGAGAUCAAUGCCUGAAUUGUAUAAUGAAAACAUUUUGCCUGUUAAUAUAAAGUACGAUUUUUUCAUACAUUCAGUUUCGAUCUUGCGUGUGCGUUUUUCGAAUGUAUUAGGAAGAAUUGAUCUGAUCAAACAAUCUCUUGACAACGAAAUUAGCAAAUUAUGUACAACUAGUAUAGAUAUGAAGAUAAUAAGAAAGUUAAUUCGAAACAUUAUUCUUGAACGACAAUGUAAACUAAAAAGCAAUCCGCACGCUAUAAUACAACAGUCAGUCUUUGAUCAUAUAGUGUAUGGGAAUACAAAUGAUGAUCUAAAUGAACGAUUAAACACUAUACGUCAACUGAAGAAAUUACAAACCGAAUCUAAAACGUAUUUUGUAAACUUGGCUAAGACUUAUUUUCGCGACGCACCAACGGUUGUUGUAAAAGGCAAACCAAGUUCAGACGAGUAUCGUAUGGUGAAAAACGAAAAAAUCUAUAUAAAUAAACACAUCGCAAAGGAAUCUAUACCUACCAAAAUACUGACGAGUGUGCCUAUACCUGGCAUAGAUUCUAUCACAUUUUAUCAAAUUGAGAAUUAUACCACGGAAACG